CACACACACACACACACACACAGACACACAGAGACACACACACACGGUGAAGUGCAGUCCAGUCACGGUCCAGGGAGGCACUUUGCUCUCUAUGUGUUCUUAGGUUAUAGCCUCAAGCUUUCCUGGAUGACUAUGAGCCUAACUGCCAUCAAUGAAGGACCACAAUACGACACACCACUGGGGAACUUGCACAGCUUGUCCACACCUUUUUCAAAGGUCAUUGACCCCUGAGAAAGGAUUGAUCCAGAUUCACUCUUAUCUCUCAAUGACACAGAACUUUUAUCUCUCGGAUGAGCACUUUUAUCAAGUAAGGAGAUGGCCAAGGUGUACAGACUCUAUGUAGGAAUAGUAACAGCUCUGGCCUUAUGCAAAUACUCCCUGGCAGAGUGGAAUGCCACAGACGAGUCUGCCAAUCGCACUGUGUCCCACUGUCAUCACCAUGGCAACAGAGACAAUUGCACAGCAGACACAGUCGAUACAGUCAAGUGGAACGGCCACUUCUCAAAAUGUCCAGAAGAACUAGACAACUAUUGUGUCCAUGGGGAGUGUCGUUACAUUAAAGAACAGAAGGCACCGUCUUGCAGGUGUCAGCAAGGUUACAUUGGUUCCAGGUGUGAAUACCUGGACCUGGACUCACAGAGAGGAGAGAAACGACAUAUCAUAAUCGUCUGCGUCAUAGCAGGGCUUAUUCUUCUCAUUCUUCUCAUUGUAUUCAUCUGCUUUUGCUCACAUAGGUGGAGAUCAUGUAGGCAAAGGGUGCGACGAAGGGAAGAGCCAAGGAACGGGACAGAGAAGCUCAGCAUGAUGGACACCAGCACAACACACACACCUCUAACAGCAGACUCAACAGAACCACCGCACACCGACGCUGUGUGAGAGAUGUGUUUGGAGUACGUGUGCGACCACAAGUCUGCAGAUUGUUUAGACACGUGGGAUUUAGUCCUUCAUUCGACAGCUGCUGCCUUUUGUCUCACAGUGGCAGGAGUAUGCCAUAGGAGGCCCUCAAUGUGCUGCACAGGACUGAAGCUGCUCAAAGGAUAGAUAAGAAAUGUGUCUUUAAAAGGACACCCUUGUCUGUUGAAGCUUCAGAACAAAGAGGGCACCAUCCUGGAUGUAUGAUAAACAACAAGUUGGCAAGGACACUUUUUUUUUUCCAAAUGGCUUACAGCCAUAUCCGUUUGUAAGCUUUUCACUUAGCACUGCUUACUGCACAUAGCUGAACAAAUUGUUGCUAUGUAGGAAAAAGCUGUGACACCAGCUGGCUGCUGGUAAUAACAGCUGAUCAAGUUAUUGGUCUGUGUGGGAGACACUGAAAACUGAGAGGAGAGUGACUAUGUGAAGACACUACACUCCAUGUUCUCUUUGGGGGAACUCUUGUCACAAAAAUAAAAGAUUAAAUUUGUAGAA